AUGCUUGAGGCUGUGGUGGCAGAGCUAGAGGCCGUGGAGGCUGGGGCCGAGAUUGUGGACUUUGGCGGAUUCGGGAGAGAGUGUGGUGCCGAGUGUGGCGAUUGCGUCGGUCACCAAGUCGGUAUCCAUGGCGACUAUUGGCUCGAUUUCCGCCAGUGGUUCCAUAAGAGGCUCUGGGAGUACCUCCAGUGGCAGAGGUGCAGUAGAGGGCUGCAUGAUUUGUUCAGCUUCAGGCUGCGGGCGAGCAGAACGAAGCUUCGGAAGUUUGGCCGCGCGAAGAGGAGUUCCCGACGUCCAAAAGUCACGAUCUUGAUAUGGAAAGAUAGAUACUUGAGUCAUGCAUCACGUCGAAGUGGAAUGAAGCCAUUUGGAUCAACCAUAAGGCUGGAACUUAUUUUCUACCGAGACAUUUCCGGUAGCGAGCAAACGAAGCCCAUGGAGGAUUUGGAGUGUCUAAUGGCCCGAGCAGCAGCGCCAAAGGCCUUGAUUGAAUAA